GAAAAAUCCCAAAAUAAAUUGAAGAACCCUAAUCGGGUUCCCUCCGUAAAAGCAGAAAACUUUCGCUCACAAAUCUCCCGUCUUUCUGCUUCGCAGCUCCAAAUUGAGUUCUCAAAACCCUAAUCCUUUCAGAGUUUGUUAAGUUUGUGUUGCAGAUACUCAGAUUGUUAAAGAAAAACCGAGAUCGAUUGCGAGAAGUGGAUGGUAACUAUGGAAGUAGUGGAGAUGGAGAAGGAGCGAACAAGAAAACGGCCUCGUCUUGCGUGGGACGUGGCGCCAUCCGGGUUAGAGGCGCAACGGGCUAUGGUGCCGGUGCAUGAAGGGGCUGUAGCAAGGCGAGCGUCCCCUCCAAGAAGGGACGAUGAUCACGAGGGCCAUUAUGUGUUUAAUCUCGGGGAAAAUCUAACUCCCAGAUAUAAAAUACUAAGCAAGAUGGGUGAAGGUUAGAUGUCAAGUGUUCUGCUGUAUACAAGAUCUUUUGUUUUGUCAUUCUGCUUGUGCCAUUCAGCACAUUGAUGGUAUUGUAGGCACCUUUGGCCGAGUUUUGGAAUGUUGGGAUCGCCAAACACGAGAAUAUGUUGCAAUCAAGAUAGUUAGAAGCAUACGUAAAUACCGUGAUGCAGCAAUGAUUGAAGUUGAUAUACUUCAACGGCUUGCCAAGAAUGAGAAGGGCAGCUCACGCUGUGUGCAGAUUCAAAGCUGGUUUGAUUACUGCAAUCACAUCUGCAUAGUAAGUAUCCAAUGGUACUUCUAAUCACUUUAUGUUAAAUUGAGAGGUCAGCCUUUUUUUUUUCCUCCCUUUUUCUUAAAGUUGCUGGUGACUAGAUAAACUCCUCUUUUAA